ACUGCCUUGCAAUGCUACGGCAGGUAUGAACGUGUUUAGUGUGGAAGUGACUGUCUGCUGUCUAAUGUCGUUGCACGGUUGCGGAUUGGAUAGUUUUUCUCCGUUUUCGAGACGUCGUGUUUGUCGCGGUCGGUUGUUUUGUCUGCGUUGACGGUGUGUACCGAUCAGUUUUAUUCAUUUGUAUGUUGCUGUAUAAUAAACAAUUGGAAUUUGGAUAGUUAUUUUCGGCACGUCGUUAGUCGUUGUCGGUUGCUUUGACUUGCUUGACGUCGUACUGAUCAGUUUUAUUUAUUCGUUAUAUGUUGCUGUAUAAUAAUUAAUAAACUUGAAUAGGUAACGUGUCAUUGUAAGAGAUGAGUCCUAAACAACCGGUAAAGGGUUGCAAACGGCAGCGAUGUGAGCAAUCGGUCGUUCCGGCUCAAUUUUAAAUCAAUAAUGCACUAUCCCGGGACCUAUACUUGACGGUUAAACUUUCUUUUUGAACCUACAUGCAUUUUUGUGCCAGCUGCUCAACAAUCACGCUUACUUUACUCCCCAAAUAAAAAACAUACGAGGUUCUUAUAGAUAAAGAAACUGCGCUCUGGCUGUAAAUGAAAUCGCAAAUAAGAAACAAUAUGCUAGAAUGGAUGAUGAAAAAAUUAAAAUGAAAUUGAAAUUUUUACCUUACAAUUAUCAAAGAAUGUGUACAAAAAAUCAACUGGGUACAAAUGUAAAGAAUCACCUAAAAGCGUGCACUGAAGAUGCUCGUAAUACACUCCUAAAACAAAUCUACAACGAUUGCAUUCGUUUAUCGAAUGGAUCGAUAGAUGAUACCGAUAAAAUGUACAACCAAUUGAUGUGCAGCGAGCCGAUGGUUUCAUUAAAUCGUGAACAAAUUGAGAAGUCUGUGACAGUUACAGUUAAGAAAAGGAAAUUAGAAAAAAAAGAGAUUAGAAAAAUGAAAAAUAAAAAACAUUUAUUUUCAUUAUUGGAAAGCUUAUUUGGUCCUGAACAUUUAUAUGCCGACGAAGGACUAUUAAAUGUUUAUGAUAAUUGUCUAUUAUCUAUGAAGCUUACGAGCGAAGACAAGAAUAAACGUUCGUCUUUAAGUAACCGUUCUUCUACUCCACUGGAAUCAUUGGAUCCAUAUAAUAAUACAUUAGAUCUUCUUUCUGAUCUACAAAAUGACCCAACAGAUGACGAAGGUGAACCUCGUACUUUGCAAAUAAACAAAGAAGAAAAGGUACAUCGUGAACGUAAACCAUCCAAGAAAAAGCGAAUUUCAACAGGUACAACGUUUAAGUCAAGCUCGGAACAAGCCAAAAGUACAUUGGUAAACGUUAAAAAAUCAAAGUCGCCAGAAGUAAUAGUUACCAAAAAAAAAAGUAAUUACAAUAGCAAAAUUAACGAGAGUACAAACGAAAAAAAGCCACAAAUGUUUUCCCGAGUAAUAACUAGUGUGGUAAAUCUAAAAAAGUGCCACAAACAAACUUUCAUUCAGUUCAAUUUAAAACGAGAAGUGAAAGAAGAGAAAAGGGGAGACUCUUCUAAAAUACCUUCUAUUUGCCUGACACGAACCGAAGGCAAUACCUAUAGUAUUAAGCCGCACACUGCGCUUCCGGAAACUGAAAGCAAUAUUGGGAAAAACGUAGCUUCCCCGGAUUCCGGAAUAAGCGUUUCAGAAGACGGCCCAAUGCAAUAUAAUACUAUAUAUCCUCAGGAUAUGGAAAAACUGAACGAGAUGGAAGUGGUCGUAAACAGCAAUUUUGUACUCAAGACCGAAUCGUUAAUUAACGUUUUGGCUGGCCUAUUACAAGAAGAAGUCGUAUUAUACAAUUAUGGAUUUGUACCUCACCCGUGUAGUGGUGCCACUAAAAACCCAUCAACGACUUGGGAAACUUCGAAAUCGAAAUCAGUUUGUAAAUUAAUCGCAAAACUUAUUGAUGAAUUUAAUCGCAAAAAAUACAACAUGAUAUAUUUGUCCAGUUGCCUUGUACGGAUUUUCCACAAAAUAAUACAAGACCAGGAUAUUAAAUUUCAUAUUAUCAGAGACAGAUUCAAAAUGUUCUGUAGAGUUAUUACCAAAUUCGUAAAGUCCAUAAACAAACCGUUUGCCAAGAGAUGGCUCAAAGAUAAACACUAUAUCAUUUUUUUGGAAAUAUGUGAUUAUAUAAUUUUGGAUGAAAAAAGUAUGAUUUCGCAGUUGCGUUUUCAAGAAGAAAAUUGUAAAAUAACUCACUACAUAAAUUUGGCAUUUAAAUAUUUUGAAAAUGCCAGCGUCGGUUGUUACGACGUUGAUGUUUCAUCGAUUAAUGUUGUGCAAGAUUGUUUAUCUCCGAGUGACGAAGAUUCCUCGUGUAUGGAUGAUAAAAAACCGGCAUUGCCUGUAAUAUCAGUGCGACCUGAGUUUGGAAUUAGUAAUUUUGCCGUGGAAAAUUAUAACGUACUGAGUUCCGUGCUACAUCUUUUACCUCAAGUCAAUUCUGCCCAACCGGUUGACAAUAAGCAACCAGCUACUACGACCUAUUCCCGUUGUAUGGAAUUCACAACGUGCAAAAAAAUUUCUGAAUGGACUUGCAUGUGCGAAAAAGCCACGUAUUGCAGCCAGAAAUGCCAAGCUAACCAUUGGCCUAUUCAUAAGAACGAAUGUUCGUUACGAACGACCAUUACAUAACUCGACGACCAUUUUAUUGGCUUCUUGAAGACAUCUUAAAGACGUGUAAGUUACAGAUCAUUCCCAAAAUCUGUUCACAUUUUGUUAUUAUUUUUACAAUCGAUGCGUACCAAUCGUAUUUCUGUUAAAAUGCAUUUUUUUUUUUAAAUAUUUGUUAUGUUUACAAAGUUUUAAAUUUAUUUAAUUUAUUAUAAUGGAGUAGUACGAAAUUGCCAAGCUAGUGCUACAUUAUAUUGUGUAUAUAUUUUUGCAGGCAAAUUAAAUUUUCACAUUAGAUACAAUUCUAACUCUCAGUACUAGUUGUUUACAUGGAGAUAUUUUUUAUUUAUUUCGAAAAAAGUAAGAGGGAGUACUGAGAAAGAAUACAGUUUUUUUGGGCGUGAUGACUAAUUAACGUAAAAGCAAUAUUUUUAAGUAACCCGUUACUUAAGUAUCGUUUUCUAAGAAAUCUGCAAAUAAAAAGUAUAAAAUAAGAGUAUGUCUUGUAUACAACUCGUCUUGUAUAACACUUACAUUGUAACUUACUCGUCAAACUCGACAUAACGUCAUUUUUCAUAGAAAACACGAACUGUUCUAUACAAUUAUUUUAUUAUUGAGUACAUUCGGUUUAAUCGUUUUGGUUUUAGUUCUAAAAAAAUUACGAUUUUUCAAAUGACGUUAUAACUUGUUUUGUUGGACCUAUUGAAACUAAUGGUUAUCUAUCAACCUUAAAUUACUUGUUACGAAUCCCUGAAUAACUUCACAUUCAAAAGUUGUUCUUAUGCGAUGCUUUUUAUUUUAUUUCCGUACAUCGUACAUCAGAUGAUAGGUUAUUUCAAGGUUACAUUUUUAAUCAAGUAUAGUUUUAAAAAAAUUUGGUUUUGGGAUAUUUAGUUAGCAUAGUUAGCAUAGCAAGUUAUAUUUAUAGCAUUUUGGUAUAUUUUGUCAAUUUAUAAUAUAUUAUCAUUAUGUUUAUGUUUUAUUAGUUAUGUUAUUUUAUUUUAUUCAAAAAUUAUUUUAAAUAUAAAGUAUAAAAUAAUAUAUAAUUUUAUUCUAAA